CGCCGUUGAUUUCCUCCUCCUAUCCUGUUCCUGUGUACCCCGUCGCUAAGUGUGCUUUUGCAGUUGCGCAGAAAGCCAUGUCUCCCCCAGCUCCUGCAAUUGCUCCCGGCGCAGGUUCCGCCGCAAAGGAUGCCCAGAGAGAAUCGGCGAUGGCUCGUCUGCUCGGUUCCGGUUCUUCUGGCAUUGCUGAACUCCUCAUUUUCCAUCCCGUUGAUACCACCGCAAAACGCCUUAUGAGCAAUCAAGGAAAGAUCGCUAGCGUUUCCCAAUUGAACAAAGUCGUCUUCAAAGACUUCGCCGAUGCCUCCAUCGCUAAGAAGUUUACCUCUCUCUUCCCCGGUCUCGGAUAUGCUGCAGGAUACAAGGUAUUGCAACGGAUAUAUAAAUACGGCGGACAACCAUUCGUCCGGGAUUAUUUGGCCAAGAACCAUGGCUCGUCGUUCGACAAUGCGUUUGGCAAGGGUACUGGGAAGGCGAUCAUGCACGCCACAGCUGGAAGCUUGAUCGGCAUUGGAGAAAUUGUGCUUCUCCCGCUCGAUGUCCUUAAGAUCAAGCGACAGACCAACCCAGAAGCAUUCCGGGGCCGCGGCCUGUUCAGAAUUAUCAAAGAUGAAGGAAUGGGUCUUUACCGCGGCGCAGGCUGGACCGCAGCGCGAAAUGCCCCCGGUUCCUUUGCGCUCUUCGGCGGCUCCGCAUUUGCCAAAGAAUACAUCUAUGGCCUAAAGGAUUACAACUCCGCUUCUUGGCUACAGAACUUCGUCGCAUCCAUCGCCGGCGCAAGCGCCUCCCUCAUUGUCUCCGCGCCGCUUGAUGUCAUCAAAACCCGGAUUCAGAACAGGAAUUUCGAAAACCCAGAGUCUGGCUUCCGGAUUGUCAGCAGCAUGAUCAGGAAUGAAGGUCCGACUAGUUUCUUCAAGGGAUUGACGCCUAAGUUGCUGAUGACGGGGCCGAAGCUGGUGUUUAGCUUCUGGCUUGCGCAGACUUUGAUUCCGGCAUUUGGGAAGGUUGUGUAACUGGGAUGUUGUGCAAGGGGGGGGCGCUCAUAUGAAGAUAGAGUGGAGCGCAAAGGUUUAUUUUGUCCCUCUCUAUAAUGAGUCCUUUUCUUUCUCUCUUCUUGUUUCUUUUCGGUUUUUUCUGUAUUGCCUUUAACUCCGCCAUUUUCAUGUUAUAUAUAGACUAUAUGCGCGUUAGGCUUUUGUUGGGAUCUUAUAUACGGGUCUUUUGUAAUUUUAUGUUUGUCACCGCUCCGCCUUUUUUUUCCUGUUUAUUUAUGAAUCAAUAUCUAUAUAGAGAGCAUGGUUGAGUUGCUGGCGUUGGGAUAUGAUUGAUCUAGCUAUAAACAG